AUGUUUUUGGUUCAAGGCUUUUUGAACGAGCGGCGCAAAAGGUUUGAAAUUUUGUGGGUUUUAGUUGAGGCUCGAUAUGUGUAUAUGUUUUGCAUUUUAAGGAGGGACAGGAUGGGUUUCGGUUUCACCAUAAGCUGUAGAGACGAUAGUGACUAUUGGUCUUUGUUUAUGAAUUUCUUAGGGGAAGAUUCAGCUGGUUCAACUUCAAGUUCUUCAGAAAAUUCUAAAACAACUCCUGAUGUCUCUUCUAUUUUUCGACGGGUUGGUCAAAAGUUGUCGAGUUCUAACAAUGCAAAUGGAACAAACAUGUGGAAAACUGGAAGUGGAUUUUCUUCGUUUAAAACAAAUGGAGGCAAUGGAGAAGCUCCAGAUUCUUCCUCUUCUAUCGAUAAAUUAAAAGAAUCCGCUGAAGAAUUUGCUCAUAAAAAUGCGUCUGUUAUGGUUUCGGAUGAUGGAGAACAUCUUUUGGUGGUGACUGGAGAAGAGGAGGAACAACAACUUUUAAAGAUUGAUUGCAAAUUUUAUCAUUACAAUUCUGAAACUAAACAAUGGCAAGAACGUGGUAUGGGCACUCUUCGAUUGAAUCAACAUAUCGGUUCAAAAGAUGAUAUUCGAUUAAUUGGCCGACAAUCAGGCUCUCAACGCGUUUUAAUCAACUCAAAAAUCUUCCCUGAAAUGUUGUUACAAGAAUUGUCAGAAAAAAGAAUACAAAUCUCUGCCCAUACUGGGGAUGUUGAUUUGCCUCCACAAUUGUUUAUAAUUCAGGCUUCUCCAUCUUCAAUAAUCAAUCUUCGAAUGUUGCUGCAAAAAUAUAUUGAAGCAAGCAAUCUUUCCAAAAAUAGGAGUAGCUGCUUGCAACAACGUAAACGACGACUUGAAGAGGAUAGUAAAACAAGUGGAGGAGAUAAUAAACAAAAAAGUGGAGAAGAAAGCGAUGAUGAUGAAUCAACAAUCUCUGCAGACAAGGGAACAAAAAAAUUUGUGAAAGAAAAAUCCCCCGUAAAUAAGGGUAUUUAA